CUCCAUCAACCCCUUCGGGUUCCAUUCAUAACCAGAAAAAAAAAAUUCCACUUGGCAUCAUCGUUUUCCUUUUGAAAAAACAUGAGAAAAAGGUGCCACAAGGUUAAAAACCAUUGGUCAACUUAACGCUUCCACAGCUUUACCAAUUGCCUGAGCUGCAACAAAAAUGCCAUGAAACCACGCUGUGUGGCGCCUCCCGCUUCUUGACUUCCACACCCUCCGCCCGUUCUCCCCACUUUGGCCUUCGUCUCUCCUCCACCACUCGUUUCUCCGGCGAUACCUCAACCAAGUAGUGGAUUGGGGUUUCUCUGUUCUCUCUCAGGUAGGCAGAUUCUUCACCUCAAAUCCCAAAGUUUCAAUCUUUCGCUCUUAAUUUCCUCAAUUUUCACCAAACUCGAUCUGGGUUAUCGUCAAUAUUCUCAAAAUUUGAUUGCUAUGGAUCCAAGUUCUUAUCAACUGCCCGAUUCCAAUUCCAAUUUCAUCGACCAGACACUUUCCCCCAAUUUCAAUGAGUACCCAAGCAGCGAUCCCUUUGUGGAUCUUAGCUUUCUGUGCCAAAAUCCCAGCAACUCUGCUCUGUCUCCGAGCUUGAGCCCCGAGGGAGAUGACGGUGACUACUCUGACAGUGUGCUCAGGUACAUAAACCAGGUGUUAAUGGAGGAGGAUAUGGAGACAAAGCCCUGUAUGUUUCAUGACCCCUUGGCUGUCCAAGCCGCUGAGAAAUCUCUCUUUGAGGUUCUUGGUGGGAAGUUUCCGCCUUCUCCGAAUCAGCAUCCGCAUAAUUUUGAGAGCCCUUAUGGUCGUUCUUCUGCAACUUUUAGUGAUCAUAGUGGAAAUAAUAGCUCUGUUCUUAGUUCUAGUACUAGCUAUUGGGAUGAUUCUCGGAGUAGCGUUGAUGUUAUUGAGCAUAAGCCCUCUAUUUUGCAAAACCCAAUUCCGGAAAACUUUGUUUUCCAGUCAAAGGCCAAGUCUCAGUUUUUGUCGAAUGGGAAUGGAUUGGUGGGUUCUUAUGUGAGUGACCCUAUGGUUUCUAAUUUGUUUGGUGAGAAUGAAUUGGUGUUGCAGUUUAACAGAGGGGUAGAGGAGGCUAGGAAGUUUCUUCCUAGAGGUCAAUUGAUUGUUGACGUUGAGAAUAACAAGCCGUACACAGUGGCGAAUGGAAAGGCUGAAAAUGUGGUGGUUAAGACGGAGAAGGAUGAAGGCGAGUAUUUUCCUACUAGUUCGAGAGGAAAGAAGAGUCAUGAGAGGGAAGAUGCAGAUUUGGAGGUUGGGAGGAGUACCAAGCAAUCAGCUGUUUAUGAGGAUACGGAGGCUGAUCUAUCGGAGAUUUUUGAUAAGGUGCUGCUCUGUGGUGGGGGGGAAUCCAAGCCUAUUGUGAGUGAAGGUGAAGAAGUCUGUCUGGAUGAAGCAAACAAAGCUCUGCAGCAGAAUGGGCAAUCUGUUGGAACUAGUAACGGAAAGACUCGUGCCAAGAAAAAGGGCGACAAGAAGGAAGUGAUAGAUUUGAGGACCCUACUGAUUUCAUGUGCACAAGCUGUUUCUUCUGAUGAUCGUAGGACUGCUAAUGAGCUACUAAAGCAGAUUAGGCAGCACUCUUCCGCAUUUGGCGAUAGCUCGCAGAGGUUGGCUCAUUGCUUUGCAAAUGGCCUUGAAGCACGGUUGGCUGGCACUGGAACUCAGAUAUAUACUGCUCUAUCUUCUAAAAGAACGUCAGCUGCUGAUAUGCUGAAGGCUUACCAAACUUAUUUUGAAGCCUGCCCAUUCAUGAGGGUCGCGAUAAUCUUCGCAAACCAAAUGAUUUCAAAAUUAGCUGAGAAAGCAGAAACACUGCAUAUUAUAGAUUUUGGAAUCCUCUACGGUUUUCAAUGGCCUGCUCUCAUCCAUUGCCUCUCAAGAAGAGAUGGUGGGCCUCCAAAACUACUACGCAUUACAGGGAUAGAGCUUCCCCAAAGUGGUUUUCGACCUGAAGAAAGAGUCCAAGAGACAGGGCAUCGUUUGGCAAAGUAUUGUGAGCGGUAUAAUGUUCCUUUCGAGUACAAUGGCAUAGCAAAGAAAUGGGAAGCUAUCCAAUAUGAGGAACUCAAAGUCAAGAGAGAUGAAGUGCUUGCUGUGAAUUGUCUGUUCCGGUUUAAAAACCUACUUGAUGAGACAGUUGUGGUAAACAGCCCAAGGGAUGCUGUUCUAAAUUUAAUUAGGAGCAUGAAUCCUGAUAUCUUUAUCCAUAGCGUCAUUAAUGGAUCUUACAGUGCCCCAUUCUUCGUCACACGCUUCAGGGAGGCUCUAUUCCACUUCUCUGCAUUGUUUGAUAUGUUUGAUACCAAUAUAUCUCGCGAGGAUCAGAUGAGAUUGAUGUUUGAGGAAGAGUUCCUUGGACGAGAGGUUGUAAACACAGUAGCCUGCGAGGGCUCUGAGAGAGUUGUGAGGCCUGAGACAUAUAAGCAGUGGCAGGUUCGGAACAUGAGGGCUGGGUUCAAACAGUUGCCAUUGGACCGUGAUCUCAUGAACAAAAUAAGGGCCAAGGUGAAACGGGGGUACCACCGUGAUUUCAUGGUUGAUGAAGAUGGGAACUGGAUGCUGCAAGGAUGGAAGGGCAGGAUUAUCUACAGUUCCUCCUGUUGGGUACCGUCUAGGUCUAGGUCUUGAAAUGCAUGCUGUUUAGAACUGAAUUGACUUGCACAAAUAGGCUUCUGUAGUUCUAUACAGAUGUAUAGAUAGUGCUGUAUUUUGCAAUCACCGUGCUGUCUAGGUGACAAUGUACUGGUUGCUAAUCGGUAACUUCUAGCACUGCAUAAUUUCGUAUUAGAAAUCUGAUUAAUGAUGAACUAUUGUAAUGUUAAACAUUGUAGUUUUCGUUUUGUAUAUAUCUCACUUGAAUCUAAUCGUCAAAUAAACGCAAUUUUUUACUUCUA